AUGGCCGGAAAGAAGACGCCAACACUUCCCAGAAACAGCGAGAUCGCUCCCGGAAUCAGUCGAUUCUCGGCUGGCCGUCUCUUCCACAAGCGCGGUCUGUGGAAGAAGCUUGAAAAGCCCCUGCCCAAGAAGGAAACCGCUCCCAAAGGCACUUUGACCGAGACCAAGAAGGUCGGUGGAAGCAAGAACGGAGGUCAACGUGUUGUGCCAAAGCGCAAGACCGGUCGUUUCGUUUCGCAGGUUGAGACCCGACCCAAACACAACGCCCGCAAGGCCAAGCUCCCCAAACUCCGAGCCUCCAUCACUCCCGGAACCGUCCUCAUUGUUUUGGCUGGACGUCACCGUGGAAAGCGUGUGGUCUUCCUGAAGCAGCUCGAAUCCGGUCUUCUGUUGGUCUCUGGUGAGUUUUUUUCUUCUAUUUUGUUGGAUUUUAGGCCGUUACAUUAGACAUGGGAUAUUGAUAUAGAACGGGUUUCGUUUUUGGAAGUAUAAAACAAAUUUUUAUGCUGAUGAACAAGAUCGGAAAAUGAAUCCAUAAUUCAGGCUCAAAACAGAAAUUGAGGUUUCCUGAUAUUAUAGUGGUUAGAUUUGUUUUAUAUUUUUUUGGCCUAGAAAUGAAGUUAUUAUAAUUUUAGGCCCUCUCCGAUACAACGGAACCCCUCUCCGCCGUAUCGCUCAGGCCUUCGUGAUCGCCACCAAAACCAAGAUCGACAUCUCAUCGGUGAAGCUGCCUGAAAACCUGACCGACGAGUACUUCAAGCGAACCACCGAGAAGAAGCCCAAGGAAGAGGGCAACAUCUUUGUCCAAACCAAGACCCAAUACACCGUCACCGACCAGAGAAAGAAGGACCAGAAGACCGUGGACGCCUCUCUCAUCGCCGCCAUCAAGAAGAGCAAGGACGCCAAGUUCCUCAAGGCCUACCUGGCCACGCCGUUCAGCAUCCAGAAGGGAGAAAAAGUGCACAACCUCGUCUUCUAA